CCCGUUAGGAGCCCACACACGCGCUACGUGUCCUUUGACAAUUGUGGUAUCUAUGCAGGCGUCAACGAAAUUGCGCAUCAACACGCCAUAUUGUGAUGAAAUCUAGGCAACCAAUUUCAGUGCUAUUAUUUCACUGAUCGAUAUGAACCUUCCCUCCAGUACGAGCGUCACAUUUUUCAACAUCACAACUUGACAUUGAUAUUGAGAUAAUGAGAGUCAAGACAUAUCAUAUUUUGUUGUUGGCGUACGCCUUUAGCGUGGUCGAAUCUCUUUAUCUCCCUUCCAUCGUACAAAAUAUCUUUAGGAUAGGUCCGCCAGCUAAAAGUCCUAUCCCCCAAUUCGUUCUAGAUAUCAACCAUCGGUGGCUGAAAGAUAAUGAGAAAAUACUCGCUCGACAUCCUGACAUCGAGAGGCAGCUAUGCGACAAAAGCUCACCUCUCUGGCAGAAUGCAGACAAAACCAGCAAAAGUCUACCAUCAGAUCUAUUUCGCAAGCUUAAUAUCAACAACAUGAGGGCGGGAGUGUCGCGUCCAAGCUGGCAGAAUGCCCACGACAGAUUACGCGAGAUGAGGAGUUGUCCCGCUGCUUUGCACGAUGUGCGUCAUUUGCGCAUCAAUAUGCUUGUGCAUGAUUGGGAAGGUCCUCCUUACAUCGAAGACACGAUGCCCCCUCCAGAAGUCCCUCAGCUAUUAGCAGAAGUCCUUCCUAGCAUGUAUUCCUUGGAAAUACUUGGCUUUGGCGUGACUGAAGCGUCAUCGCCGGCUUUCGAGAAGGCUUUUGCGGAGGCGAAUGUAACAUUACCGAGCAUCACAAUAUUCCGCAGCGCAGCCCACAACGACUGGCUCCUGUCGCGAUGUCCUAAUGUAAAGAGGAUGGAUGGUCCAAACUACCAUAGUUGGAGUUGGGGCCUUAUGAACCCCGAACGGGUGGCAUUCAUCAACAACAUGCGUGACAUGCCGAUCAAAAACCUGGAUUUGUAUGCAAGGUGGAACUUGGAGUUGGUCGAAAAAAUAUUGGACAACGCUCCCAAUAUCACAACUCUCACGAUGGAUGGGCCCUUGAACUGGACCAAUUAUAUGAAGAUACCGGUGGGCGAAGCACUCAAGCGCUACCUGUCCAUAUUGGCACAGUUUCCGCACCUCGAGGAGCUCAAUUUACCACGAUCUGAGGACCUUGAUCUUGGUUUUGAAGGGGGCCAUUGGUGCGGAAAUGCAUAUGAGGGGGAAAAUGGUAGAGCGUACGGGCGCAUGGUGGCUCAACAGACUGCUGAGACGAUCGAAGCAGCCUCGCGCAUUGUUCACGAUGCUUUGCCUCAGCUUAAGAAGUUCUCGAUUGGAGGGGGGACCCCUAAUAUCACUCUGAACAGUGCUGGUACUAUGGAUUUCUCUUGGCCUUGGACUGGAAGGAUGGAAGACUGGACUUACGAGAUCUGGCCAAAAUGAGCUGGAGGGUAGCGAUUGGUAAACUUGGAAAGUGAAACUAUUCUCUUGUCAUUUCCGUGAGAACAUGUGAAAUUAGUCAAUAACGAUGUGAAAUUCACUGCACACCAUGGUUAUCUUGCUUGCCUUUUGGCAUUGUGCAAAACCAUUGUGCUCAACGUCACACAAUGUGGCACGCAUUGUACAAAUCCGUUCUUCCCCGCUACAUAUAUAACGCACUCCUCCGGAUCUUUGCCG